CCACCACAGGGAGGCAAGAACAGGAGACGUGGAAAGAACGAGAACGACAACGAGAAGCGUGAACUCGUCUUCAAGGAGGAGGGGCAGGAAUACGCCCAGGUCGUCAAAAUGCUGGGAAACGGUCGCCUGGAAGCGCAGUGCUUCGACGGCGCGCGCCGCCUCGCGCAUAUCCGCGGCAAGCUGCGGAAGAAGGUGUGGAUCAACCAGGGCGACAUCAUCCUGCUCAGUCUACGAGACUACCAGGACGAGAAGGGCGACGUCAUCAUGAAGUACUCCGCCGACGAGGCCCGCUCGUUAAAAGCUUACGGCGAGCUCCCCGAGAAUGCAAAGAUCAACGAGACCGACACGUACGGCGAUCAGGGCGAUGAAGGCAUCGGCUUCGAGUUUGACGAGGACCGCGACUCGGACAGCGAAGACGAGGCCGACGGCUCGGGCAAGAAGGAGAUCGACAUCGACGAUAUCUAG